UCUCUCCAAACCACAAUUAUAUAAACCGUGAACCUCUCUCUCUCACACCCUGUGUUCCCUUCCCAUUCUUUCGUUUCACCUUCUCUCUGAAAUAUCGUUACCCUUCACCUUCUCUCUUCCCCUCGCUACAAUGGCGGAAGCUAAGACCCAAGUCGAAACUAUCAGGAAAUGGGUCGUCGACCACAAGCUCCGUACUGUCGGGUGUUUAUGGCUUAGUGGUAUUACGGGUUCAAUUGCGUACAAUUGGUCUCGACCCAACAUGAAAACCAGUGUUAAGAUCAUUCACGCCAGGUUACAUGCACAGGCUCUUACACUGGCAGCAUUAGCUGGAGCUGCAGUAGUAGAAUAUUAUGAUCAUAGAGCAGAAGCGAAGCGUGCAAAGAAUUCUGAGCAGUGAAGCAUACAAGGAAUUCUGAGCAAUAAAUUUAAAUCUAACCAGAGUUCACGGAAUUCUUCAUACUAGGGUAUCUUAGUUAUGGACAUAUCCGAUGGCCCGUCGUAGUACAAUAUGGUGAUUGGAAAUUUUACAAUUCAUAGUAUGAAAUGGUGUUUUGAAAUUAGUACUUGCGUGUGCCAUGUAGUGCAUUUCUUAUUUGUUGCAAUAGAUUCAUUCUAGUGCUAGUUGCUUCUACAAUUUUCUGGAAAUUUAUGUCAACUUAUAACUCAUGUUUUGUUAUGUUCA